AUGGCCGACACCCCACUUGUCGACGAGACCCCCCUCUCGCCCACCGCUGAGCAUCGUAGCUCCUUGGAGAAAAGUCUCCAGCGACGUCCUGAUCCACAAGAGCUUAAAGACAGACACAUUCUUCUGGACACAACUGCUGCUCCAUCUCUUCAGGCUGCACAGCAGGAACUGGCUCGUCACCGUGCAAUGGAUAACUUGAAACGCAAUUUGGAGAAGCGGCCAGACAGGGACUCCCUCAUCGAACGAAAUAUCCUGCCUUCUUCGAACGCCGCUCCAGCCCUGCAGGCCCAUGCGAAAGAGUUGGAAAAACACAUGCUUGCAGAUAGCUUAGAACACAAGAUUCAAAAUAGGCCCAAACCAGAGGAGCUGAUAAAGAACGGAAUUUUGGCCGAAAACGAGAACCCCGUAGAGGUCUGA